AUGGACUACGAUGAAGAUGAAUUAGAUUACAACUCACAAGAAGAGCUUGAUCAAUUUGAUGAAGACAAACUUACAAACGAAGAAUACGAUUUACUACAUCAACUCUUGCCUCAGUUGAAAGCCAAGUUAAAGUCUUAUAAUGACGAUGUACCGGAAAUGGCUCUAAAAGAAACUCUUUACUUCAACUACUUCGAAUUAGAGCCAUCCAUUGAAGAGAUUAAAACCAAUUUCAAAAAAAAGAUUAUUAAAGCAAAAGACAACUUCGGUAAGCCAUCACCUGAUGACGAAAUCUUGAAUGCACAGAAGCAAGCAUUUGAAGGGGUUGGUAAUUUGAAAAUUGACGAGGCACCAAAGGAGAAAAGUACAACCAAAGUUAAAGAAACUAAACCAUUCAAAAAAGUUGACAUUGAUAAUGAACUAAUUAGUAAUCCACAAUUUACCAAGCCUCAUAAAUCGUUUGUCGUUAUUGGACAUGUGGAUGCAGGAAAGUCAACGCUCAUGGGAAGACUAUUAUUCGACUAUGGGAUAGUUGAUGCCAAAACAGUCAACAAGCUAGUCAAAGAGAGUGAGAAAAUCGGUAAAGGCUCUUUUGCUUUGGCAUGGAUAAUGGACCAGACAGAAGAGGAGAGGAGUCAUGGUGUUACUGUGGACAUAUGUGCCACUGAUUUUGAAGUUGAUACUACUAAAUUUACCGCCAUUGAUGCACCCGGCCAUAGAGAUUUUGUCCCACAAUUGAUCGGUGGUGUUUCCAAUGCUGAUUUUGCGUUGUUGGUGAUUGAUUCCAUCACUGGCGAGUUUGAAGCAGGAUUCGCAUUGGACGGACAAACAAAAGAGCACACAAUCUUGGCCAAGAAUUUGGGUAUUGAAAAGAUUUGUGUUGUGGUAAAUAAGAUGGAUAAAGAAGAUUGGAAUGAAAAUCGAUUUGAGACCAUAAAGACACAGUUGUUCGAGUUUUUGACAAGCUCCGACGUGGAUUUCCAACCAGACCAAAUCGACUUUGUUCCAAUCUCCGGAUUGACGGGGAACAAUGUGGUAAAGAGAGACCCAUCCAUUGAGUCAUUCAAGUGGUACACCGGUCCGACAUUAGCUCAGUAUAUUGAAAGCGUGCAAGUGCUGGGGACUGAUGAGACAAAUGUCACACAAGAGCCCUUUUAUCUUUCAGUUCAUGACGUUUACAAAGAUAAAGGGGAUUUGAAAGUGAUUGGUAAGAUAAACGGUGGGUAUAUACAACCCGGAGAAACUGUUGUAUUUUACCCCAGCGAGCAGAAAUUACAAGUCCUGUCUGUGCAAGUGUCUCAACAAACUGUUGAUUUUGCUAUUGAAGGGCAAUUGACAACCUUGAUAUUCAAAAGUAGUCAAGUUUCAAAUGAGUCGGUGGAUGUUGUACGUAUUGGGGAUGUUGUAACCAAGGUUCAAUCAUCAAUUAAAACAGUGAAAAAAUUUACCGCAUCUGUACAUUUGUUCAAUAUGGACAAGCCGCUUCUAGUGGGGAUGCCAUUUGUGCUAUUCAGAAAUAGUAGUCAAGUCCCUGCUAGAAUCAGCAACAUCAUAGAGAUUACAAACUCAAAUAAGAAAAAGAAAAAGAAAGUCUUACAUUUGACUUCUAAUCAAAAUGCAGUUGUUGAGAUUGAAGUUGACGGGGGCUCUUCUUUGCCGUUGACUACAUAUGAAGAUAAUGCCAAAUUGGGAAGAAUCGUUCUUCGCAGAGAGGGGCACACAAUUGGAGCCGGAAAGGUGACUGAAGUUUGA